CCAAUCCUAGGUGGAACAGGUAACCGGUAAUAAACAUCUCUCUGCUCUCUCCGAUCGUCUUUACCUCUUUGAUUCUUCCUCCAGCUUUCUCUCAGACAAACAGAUCUUACAUUCGUCUCAAAGUUUCCUUUCCGAGAUGAAGACAGCAAAGGGGAAAGGUAAAGCUAAGACCACUAAGGAAGCCUUGAAGCCAGUUGAUGACAGAAGGGUGGGAAAGAGGAAGGCACCGGCUGAGAAGCCUAGCAAGCGGGAGAAGAAGGCCAAGAAGGACCCUAACAAACCCAAAAGAGCUCCUAGUGCCUUCUUUGUCUUCCUGGAAGAUUUUAGGCAAACGUUUAAGAAAGAGAAUCCAGAUGUGAAGGCUGUCUCUGCUGUUGGGAAAGCUGGAGGGCAGAAAUGGAAGUCAAUGUCUCAGGCCGAAAAAGCUCCAUAUGAAGAGCAAGCUGCAAAGAGGAAAGCUGAAUACGAAAAGCAAAUGGAUGCAUACAACAAAAGCCUGGAGGAAGGGAGUGAUGAAUCUGAAAAUUCUCUAUCCGAAGUGAAUGAUGAAGAUGAAGCUAGUGAGGAGGAAGAGAAGGUGGAGAAGGGAAAGGCAGGUGAGGACGAUGACGAUGAUGAUGAUGAUGAUGAUGAUGAUGAUGAUGAAGAAGACGAGGAGGAAGAAGACUAAACUGGAGAUAGAGAUCAGAGUUUGGAUCUUGAGCGUAACUGCAGGUCCAAAAGCAGAUGUAAGUAUUUUGUAAUUUGUGUGGGUUGACGACAACUAUAGAUCGAAAUGGUGUGUUGUGCUUCUUCUUUUUUUUCUUUUCCUAAGAAAGCCAAACAGUUCUUAGCGGUUCAUGUAAGUUUAUUUCAGCUUUCUAUCCACGACGUACAGUGUACCAAUAUCUGCAUUAGUGAUCACCCCAAACCAAGACAUGACUA